GCCAAUUUCUCUACCGGUGACAGUCCACCUCCGGUGAUCCGAUCUGCAUCAUGAGACCCGUUGUUGGGUUCGUGGUGCUUCUCCUAUGGAGUCGUGUUACCGUCGGUGACCCCCAGACCAACCUCCUCCGAGACGGCUGCAGCGCAUACGUCUCCAACACCUCCUUGGCCUCAAUACUCGACGACACCCUCGCCGACCUCCGCUCCUCCCUCUCCGACAGCGCCUCCGCUCUCUUCGCCACUGAGCAGCGCCCGGGCGUUCCGUCCAUCUACGCCCUGUUCCAGUGCCGCGGCUACCUCUCCGCCGUCGAUUGCCUCGCGUGCUACUCCGCCGCCGAAGGGCUCAUUCGCAAUUGCAGCUCCACCUACGGCGGCACCGUCUUCUACGACGGUUGCUUCCUCCGCUUCGAAACCUCCCCCUUUUUCGACCAAGUGACCCCCCCAGAUAACGGGAACUUUUGUGGCGGCCGAAACGCAUCUACCGGAGGAUUCACCACCUCGGUGAGAUCGCUGGCGGCGGAUUUGAUCGCCGCCACGCCGAGAAUCCAGAACUUUUUCGCCGCGGCGGAGAGGGAGGGAGUGUUCGCUGUGGCGCAGUGCGUGGAGACUGUGAGCGAGGAAGGGUGCGAGCAGUGCCUGGCGACGGCGGUCAACGACGUGAUGCUGUGCCUGCCGAGAGCCGACGGGCGGGCGUUGGACGUCGGAUGCUUCAUGAGGUACUCCGACGAGUCCUUCUUCCCGGCCAAUCGAACGGUGGAUCUGUCGCCUUACUUGACGAAUUCAGAAAGAGCGAAAUCGAGCAAUAAGGGAGCCCUAAUUGUGGGAGUUGCUGGAGGAGUCGGCGGACUGUUGCUUCUUCUAGGGGCUGUAUCUCUUCUAUGGAUCAGAAGAUCUAGAGAUCAACGAAAUCCUUCUGAAGGAGAUACAUUGGGAGGAACCAAAUUACAGGCGUCACUAAAUUUCCGUUAUAGGGAUCUAAAAAAUGCUACAAAUAAUUUCAGUGAAAAAAAUAAACUAGGAGAAGGAGGAUUCGGAGAUGUGUACAAGGGUCAACUUAAAAAUGGGAGAACGGUCGCUGUAAAGCGGCUGGCAAUUGCUGAAACUAGUAGAGCAAGAGCUGAUUUUCAAAGCGAAGUGAAGCUCAUUAGCAAUAUUCAUCAUAGAAAUUUAGUUCGUCUGCUUGGAUAUUCUAGCAAACGUGAUGAUUUUCUUCUUGUCUAUGAGUAUAUGGCAAAUGGCAGCCUUGACAAUUUCAUUUUCGGCGAUAAACGUGGGUUCCUCAACUGGAGGCAGAGAUUUAGUAUUAUUGUUGGGACAGCUCGUGGUCUUGCUUACAUGCAUCAAGAAUUUCAUGUUCGUAUCAUACACCGCGAUAUAAAAUGCAGCAACAUUCUGCUCGAUAACAAUUUCCAGCCAAGGGUUGCAGAUUUUGGGCUGGCACGACUUCUCCCUGAGGACAAGAGUCACCUUAGCACUAUAUUUGCUGGCACUUUCGGUUAUACAGCACCUGAGUAUGCAAUUCACGGGCAGUUAUCUGAAAAGGUUGAUACAUAUAGCUAUGGCGUUGUUGUCCUUGAAAUAAUCAGCGGCCGGAAGUGCAAUGACAUAAAACUCGAACCUGUUACUCAAUAUCUUCUUGAAUGGGCCUGGAAAUUAUACGAACGAGACCAAUUAUUGGAGAUGGUGGACGAAACCUUAGAUCCUAGUGACUAUACACCAGAAGAAGUUAAAAGGAUCAUUAAGAUUGCUCUUCUCUGCACCCAGUCUACGGUUGCUGCAAGGCCAACCAUGUCAGAGAUUGUAGUUCUGCUGUUGAACCAAACUGAUGACACUCUUCAGCCAACAAGACCUACCUUCAUAGAUGCCAGCAGUAGGGUUCAUGGAGAAGCAUCUUCAUCCUCGGCUGGUUCAUCUUCGACGUCACAUGCAACUCCAAAUGCAGCUUCACAUGCAACCUUUUCGACCUUGCAAUUUUCUGCUCGGUGAUGUUUACAACUAAUGAUGAAGUAACAUGUAUCAUUCACAAUUACAUUGCUAAAGAUACAUACUGUUUGAAGCCAGAGAAUUGAAUUGUCACGAUUCUUGUGUAAUGUCUUCUAGUUAUAAGAGCAGCUGUUUAAACUAAACUGACUGCUCCGAUGAUGUUUUAGAAAAGACUGCAAUUUCUUUGCUCCAAUCAAUUUUUAGAAACAA